CGCGGGGCGGUCGCGGAGCUCCGCGAAGUUGCGCGGGGGCCCGGGGAAGUUUUUUUGGCAGCGCUGCGGGGCGGCGGGCGGCGGAUCCCGCUCCCGCUCCGCACCCCCUCCGCUCCGCCAUGGCCUUCCGCCGGCGGGCCAAGAGCCACCCGCUCUUCAGCCAGGAGUUCCUCAUCCACAACCACGCCGACAUCGGCUUCUGUCUGGUGCUCAGCGUCCUGAUCGCCCUCAUGUUCGAGGUUACAGCCAAGACUGCCUUCCUGUUUAUCUUACCUCAGUAUAACGUCAGCGUGCCUACAGCAGAUGGGGAGCUGGUCCAGUAUCACUAUGGACUGAAGGACCUGGUCACCAUCCUCUUCUACAUCUUUGUUGCCAUCAUCCUGCAUGCAGUGGUGCAGGAGUAUGCCCUGGACAAAAUCAACAGGCGUCUCCAUCUCUCCAAGGUCAAACACAGCAAGUUCAAUGAAUCAGGACAGCUGGUGGCCUUCCACCUCACCUCUGUGAUUUGGUGCUUGUAUGUCGUGGUGACGGAAGGAUACAUCUCAAACCCCCGGAGUUUGUGGGAAAACUACCCGCACGUUUAUCUUCCGUUCCAGGUGAAGUUUUUCUACCUGUGCCAGCUGGCAUACUGGCUGCACGCCCUGCCAGAGCUCUACUUCCAAAAAGUUCGCAAGGAGGAGAUCCCUCGCCAGCUGAGGUGCAUCACCCUCUACCUGGUCCACAUCGCCGGCGCGUACCUCCUCAACUUAACCCGCCUGGGGCUGAUCCUCUUGCUGUUGCAGUACUUAGCUGAAUUCUUCUUCCACAUGGCCCGGCUGGUCUACUUCACGGACGAGAACAACGAGAAGCUGUUUAACGUCUGGGCCGUCGUGUUUGUGGUCACCAGGCUCUUCACCCUCACCUUGUACAUCCUGGUCAUCGGGUUCGGGUUGCCACGGGUGGAGAGCCAGGCCCUCGACCCUGAAAGAGGGAACUUCUUCAGCUUUCUCUUCAACAAUAUCCUCUUCAGAAUGAGUGUGCUGCUGUUGGUGUGCCUCUUCCAGGCCUCGGUGAUGUGGCGAUUCAUCCACUUCCAGCUGCGGCGCUGGCGGGAGUACUGGAACGAGCAGAGCAGUCGGAAGCGAGCGGCUGCCGGCGCCAAGCAGCAAGCCAAGCCGCUCAAGAGGGACUCGGGUUACCAUGAAAACGGAGUGGUGAAAGCAGAGAACGGCACCUCGCCACGAACCAAGAAGCUGAAGUCACCUUAGAAGCGAAGGGCUGUGUCCUGGGGAGGAGGGCAAGAUACCGGGACUAAGCAGCAGCCCCUCCUCCCGAGCGCCGCGCCGAACCUCUUGGAAACUGGUCAUCUUCCCAAGGUGUCUCUUGCUCUCCUCCCUUCCUUUCUUGCUCUCUUGAACCAUUUGCAAUAAAACCAAAAAAGGUCCCUUCCCCCUGCUCCCUUCCCCUUCUAGGAGCCCUUUCUAACCCUCCUGGUUUUGCCUUCCUCUGUUUAACCGUAAAUCAGCGUGCAAUUAUUUUCUUUUCUACUUUUACUGUUUGGUUAUUUUGGGUUAUUGUUGCAAAUGCAUCGUAGAUGGUUCCAAUCCUUUUUUCUCCCCACAGCACAUUCCUUCCCUCUCUCCAUGGUGCUUUCCUGAGCUCCCCCUGGGUCAAAGCCACAGCAGCUUGAAGGCACCACUUGUCUGUUAUGGGAACAGGCUCCUGGGGGGAUGUGCUGGAGCUCUGUGGCCCUGAGGCUCAGAAGUGCUCUCGGCAAGUGUUGCCUCUCCUAGGACACCAAUGUUUGGCAGGUGCCACAGGAUGGUGAUGCUACAAAUAGAGAGCAGGGUCUGAGGGAGGAAUGUCAAACCAUGCCUUGUCUCAAGGUGGACCUCUGGUUAAAUGGGGGUUUUCUGACCCCUGAGGCUUUUGAACUAAUUUUGGAGAGCUGGGCAGCAGAGAAGGGAGAUAAUUUCCCUCUUCACAUGGGACCCACCUAGCCUGUGCUUGCCCCAGCUGUUCUGAUACAGCUGGGUUCCUCUUACCCUCUUGGCUGCAGGAGCUGAGCUGCCCCAUAGUUGUUCUGGAGCUCCCAGCCCUGUUCUGCAGCUCACAGUGCCUUGUCAUAGGGCAGCAGCAUCCUCAGGUCCCCGUGAAUGCUUGAGUCCGGCCCUGCUCUGAGUGCUGGCCUGGCACCUGUCAGCCCAGGCUCUUUGCCAGCUUGCUUGUGCCUCAUGGACCUGGUGUUCUCAUGGCUUGUAACCAGGUCCAGGUUACAAACUGGCUGCUGCAAAGGGUUUUGCAGCAACAGGACUGUGCCACUCAUGCUGUUGCCUUAGCCUUCCUCAUCCCUGCUGCUCCAGUCCAGCUAUGCCAUUGGCAGCCACCAGUUUCACUCUUUGUUUCUGAAGGAUACAGAGCUUGUAUCCACCCAAGGUGCUAUCAAAUGCAGGGUUUCUUCAUAAAAACCCAGCCUCUUCAUCCCUUUCUGAGCUGUGAAUGAGAGGACAGGGAAAGGGAAAGAAGCCAGGGCUGCAAGAAGCAGCUUGCAUAUUAGGAAAAGCCUGCCCUGUGUUGCAUAGCUGUUGGCAGAUGGAGUUGUCUCAAAUCUACCUCAGAGGCCAUCUCUUGCUGCAGACCACUUUCCCCUCUUGCUCCUGCCUGCUGCCACCUCUGCGUGGUGGCAGGAGAUUCCUGGGAACCCCAGAUCCCACCUGCUCCCUCUUUUUUCUGGGGAGCAGCAUCUCCUGCCCAGGGCUUUGUGCAUCAGCGCUGAGCUUCUCUGGGGGUCCGUGCACCAGUCUAGGUCUGGUGGGCGUGCAGUUGAUGGGCACCUCCCACCCCCCAGCUCUCCUUCGGGGCAGUUCCUGUAGCUGGGCUUUGCUGUUGGUGCCUCUUGGGCAGCAAAGCCAGCUGUAGCUUUCGUUCUCCUUCGCCAUUGCAGGAGCAGGCGAGUGAUGUGUUCCCUUGGCUGGGGGAGAAGAGGGAGCACGGGGUUGCAGGCAACUUGGGUGUUCUUUGAUAGGCACACCAGGGUUUAAGUCCACCUUUGUUGCACGUGGUUCUUCGUGUGUCUCUUGCUCAGCCCUUUGAGCAGCUGAACUCCAGCUCUCUCCAAGUGCAAUUGUAGCCUGGGGCUGGUGCAGUUGUCCUCUAUAUCAUUUGUGUUUUGGGGAAUGGGUGACAGUUGAUUUUCUGUGCCUCUUUGAAUUGGGUCAGGUUUUUUGUCUCCUAUAGGUUUCUUCUUUCCUCUCUUGUUGAGUCCCAGCUAAGACUGGGCACCAGAGGGAGAAAAUGUGCCAGGACACAAGGACAGUUGGUCAAAUUCCAUUUGUUCUUCCAUCCCCACAACCUCUAAGUCCUGAAUGAGAGAUGUCAGCAGGACUCAGGGAGAGGGAUUCCCCCUUUUUCAGGGGAACUGAGGGAAAAGCCUUUGGCACGGAGCCCUUGGUGGUAUCCUGGAAUUGCUUCUCAUAGCCCUUGUUGGGUGGAUAAUACACAUUUUGGCUCAGAGGCAGCGAAAGUACCUGAGUGCAAUGUGAGGAGAGAGGGAAAAAGAGCUUUAUGUUAGGGAGGACAUGGAAGGGGUCUAGUGUGAGAAGUUUUUCGUUUUUCCUGGCUCUUCCCAUGCCCAGCCAUCCACUGCCACGUGCCGGCAUCUCUCCAGAGCCUCAGCUGGUCUUUUCUGCAAAGCCAGUGCCUGGCAGCAGCCGGGGUAUUGACUCUGUUAAAGGUGACACGUGCAGUCCACCCAGAAACUGGCUGCUGAAUGAUUCCUCCUCCUGCCUGCUUUGCUCCAGGCAGCUUUUCCACUUGCACAAUCCUUUGUCUUCAUAAAGUAGCUAAUUACACUUUGUAUCCCAAGUGCCUUAUGCUGCCAUGUAGCCUCUUGUCCGCUUGAUCCCCUGUACUACACCAGUAGCUGAACUCCCUCCCUCCCCCUUUCCAGCCUCUGUACAACCUGUGCUACAUUUCUGUGGGUUUUGUUUUCUUUUUGGUUAGUGCUACGAGUAAAAGGGACAGUUUGUUUUGGAAGCAUUUCCAUGUGCUCUUUUUUAUAUUGUAUUUUUAACCUAUAGAUGGUGGGGCUUUUUUUGCCCUCCCCUAUAUUUAGUCCUCAGAAAUCCCCCCCCAUCUUCUGUUGUGCCCAAAUGGGGCAGGUUUCUUGGUGUUUUUUCCUUUGAGCUCAGCCUUCGCUGCAAGACAAGAUGUGCUAUCAUCCCAGAGGUCUGCAAUCCACCCUCCACUGGAGGGGCUGCCACGGGCUGCUUCUGUCUCUGUCAUCUACUGUGAGCACCAUCCCUUGGCUGCAAGCCUGUGGUGACUGCUUCUUAUGUCCAUGUCAUUUCCCAGCAGGCCAAGCCUUCUCUUCAGCCCAAAGAGCUUUUUCUUUCCCAGAGUAUUUUCAUUGCAAACCCUUAAUGGUCAGUCUUUUCUUGACCACUCUGCAUACAAAGAUGCCAUGAGUCCACUUUCUCUGAGUGGAUGCUCUUCUGGUGACCCAUCUUGUCAAGUCCUGUGCCUUCUGCAAAAAAAAAAAAAACAAAACAAAAACAACAGAGAUCCAACCCCACGCAGAAUUGCUCUUGUCCACCACAGUGCAGAGAGACUGUGCAAAACUGCAAGUCCUUACAGUCAGUAUAAGGCUACUGCAUGCACCUUUCCUGUGGGCUUGAGACUGCUUUUGUAGUCUGGGUUCAUUAUCUGAGGUCAGGGAUUGAGUAGUCUGUGAUUUUUGGUGUGAAGCAUAGUAUUCUCCUGCCCUAGCCUGGAAGAGCUGUGGAAUACCAGCAGUAGUUCUCUCUUUUUGUCUUAGUGGGCUUGGGAAGAGAAGGGGGCGAAGGAAGAACAGAUGUAGCAUUUCACAUACAAGUUUUGAGUGACUCUUAUGGGGCAUUACAGUUGCAUUAUUUUUGUGUGUGUGUCUAGGAUUCUUUCUUACUCAUCAUGUUUGGGUUAGUAGUAAAGGUGACAAGUUCCAGUUCCCCUGUAGGUCCCCUUACCCUUAACUCACCAUUUAAAAAUGUAUUUUUGGUAGGCUUCCUGGUUGAAGGGGAGAACGACUACUCUAGGAUGCCUCCCCCAUGCCUCCAAGUGACUCUUGAAGCCUGUAGCUACCCUGCCUUGACUGCACGGGGCUUUACAGCAGCCUCAGUCUCUUGCCUUAGAUGAAGUCUUGGUAGAUGGACCCCCCAACAUGAAUCAACAAUAGAUGGAGACCACAGUGUUUGAUUUACAGCCUCCUGGUGAACUUCACAAGUGUGUAAUAGAUGGUUUGGCAAACUGUGAUGUGUGUUAAUUCACCCUGGGGCUGCACAUGGGGUUUUGCUGGCAGCAGGGCAGGAUGGCUCUUGUAAAAGCCAGGCAGAGGCACGGAGUUUUGCUUUGAAUAUGUUGAACUCAAUGGACCAAACUUCAGCAAAGGAACUUGAGGAAAAUUACUGUUCUUCCAUAUUUAUGCUUUAGUGCACAUUUCCUAAUUUUGGAGGGGGUGGUGGGGAAGUAACAGACUCUGAUAUUUUAUCCCGUUUGUUUCAUUCUUCCUGUCACUUAAGUUUUUGUAUGGAUUUUGUUUGUUGUUGUUGUUAAAUGACUUCUGUGAUAAACUCAACAAAAGUAUUUUUCUGAAAUAAAUAAAUAAAAGGUGUAGAUUCUU